AUGGAUUCCGAUCAUGAUAUUUAUGAUAUGGAUUCGGAGGAGGAAGUUUUCAGUGAUGACGGCACCAUUGACGAACCCUUAGACUCCCAAAGCAAGAAAAAUUACAGAAUCUUGAAAGAUAAAGAUAUUUGUCAACUCAUGAAAAAUUAUAUCUCAAGAACUUCGAUGAUUCUUUCGGUUCCAAGAGACGUUUCAUUAGCUCUUGUGCUUCACUAUAAAUGGAAUAUAUACAGAGCUAAUGAAGAAUGGUUCGCUAACCAAUCCAAAGUUCGCAAAGCUAUAGGUAUGUUAUCUGAAAAAGAAACCGAAAACCCUUUAAGAAAAAGAACGUUUUCGGAUUCUAAUAGUUUGUUGACUUGUGGGAUCUGUUUUGAGGAGUAUUCUCUUGAAAAGGUUGCAUUUGGUGAUUGUAAACACCCUUUUUGUAAGGUAUGUUGGGAAUAUUACAUUAGUACGUCAAUUAAUAUUGGUCCUAAAUGUCUAGUCUUACGUUGUCCUAAACCAUCUUGUAACAUCAUGGUAGGUCAAAGUGUGACUGUUAUAUUAGCAUCGGAAAAAGAUAGAUUGAAGUAUUAUGAUUAUUUGAUAAGAUCUUAUGUUGAAGAAAAUAGGAGAAUCGAGUGGUGUCCUGCCCCUGGAUGUAAAAAUGCAGUAAAAAUAUUUGACAUUUUGAGUGAAAAUUACGAUGUGAUUUGUGAUUGCUCUAAUGUUUUCUGUUGGAAUUGCUUGGAUGAGAAUCAUCGUCCGAUUGAUUGUGAUACUAUAGCUAAGUGGAGAAUUAGAAAUCUUGAGGAAGCUGAAAAUACGAAUUGGAUUUUGGCUUUCACUAAAAAGUGUCCUAAAUGUAAGAAUGCUAUUGAGAAAAAUAUGGGAUGUAUGCAUAUGACUUGUAGGUGUUUGUACCAAUUUUGUUGGCUUUGUUUAGAAGAGUGGGUUACUUGUUAUGGUAAUUGUAAUCGUUAUGUGGAAAACAAAGAGAUAAAGGAAGCCAAGAAAAAUGUACGAAGGUACACACAUUACUAUGAGAGAUGGAUGUCUAAUGAGAAAUCAAAACAAAAGGCAUUACAAGAUUUAAAUAAGAUGAGAGAUGAAGGAGUGAAGAAACUAAGUGAAUUGGACUAUUUAUAUGAGGAUAGAUUGGAAUUUAUUGUAUUAGCUUGGAAACAAAUUGUUGAAUGUAGAAGAGUUUUGAAAUGGUCUUAUGCUUAUGGAUUUUAUUUGCCGGAAAAAGAGAAGACGAAAAUGCAAUUUUUCGAGUUCUUGCAAGGGGAAGCAGAGGCAGGUCUAGAGCGACUUCAUUAUUGUGCAGAGAAAGAAUUAUUGGAUCAUCUUGGAUCUACCGAGAAAUUGGAUUAUACAGAGCAAGGGUUUUGCGAAAAUUUCAAACGUUUUCGUUCCAAACUUAUUUGGCUGACUAAGGUCACUGGAGAUUACUUUGACAACUUGGUUAUUGCCUUAGAGAAUAGUCUCAAAGAUAGAUACAACCAGCAAUUUAGGAUGCAUGAAAGGCCUGGGGGUUUUGUUCCCGUAGUAAAAGCGCAACCUGCUAUGGCAUUGAGAAUUUUGAAGGAAAUCCAACUAGGACUUCUUAACCAAAUGUUGAAAAAGGGUUUGGUGAAUGAUCAGUUUGAACACCUAAUGAUAUCUAAGAGGGCACAAAAUCCUCAAUUUGUAGUGCAAACGUUAGAGGAUUAUUGUGCUGAAAUCGAAGCUAUUGUAUCGCGAAUGAAAAAUGACAUUGAGAUUCCUGAUGUUGAUUUUUCUCAUCUGGUUGCGUUAUGCGACCAAAUCAUAGAGAAAAGUACAAGGAUUGGUGCUGUGCAUGUGAAAUCUGCAUGUCUGCUUCUCGUUCGCACUUGCGAGCAAAGAAACAAAAAGAAGUAA